AUGUCCACAGAAGAGUCUCAGUCAGGCCCCGGCCAGGAUGCCGGCCGCGUCACCGACCAACUCGACCGUCUGGCCAUCGACGGCGAAGGCGACGUUGUCCCGCGCACCGAGGAAGAGUACGCUGAGUCGCAGCUCACCCUGCGCGCUAUUGUCUCUUCCAAGGAGGCCGGCGUCAUCAUAGGCAAGGCGGGCAAGAACGUCGCUGACCUGCGCGACGAGACUGGCGUGCGCGCCGGUGUCAGCAAGGUCGUCCAGGGCGUUCACGACCGCGUGCUCUCCGUCACUGGCAGUCUUUCCGGCAUCUCCAAGGCGUACGGCUUGGUCGCCAAGGGCUUGCUCGAGGGCGCACCCGCAAUGGGCAUGGGCGGUCUCAUCCGCAGCGACGGCACUCAUCCCAUCCGCCUCCUCAUCUCACACAACCAGAUGGGCACCAUCAUUGGCCGCCAGGGCUUGAAGAUCAAGCAGAUUCAAGACGCCUCUGGCGUCCGCAUGGUCGCACAGAAGGAGAUGCUGCCCCAAUCGACCGAGCGCAUCGUCGAAGUCCAGGGCUCCCCAUCGGGCAUCGAAAAGGCCAUCUGGGAAAUUGGCAAGUGCUUAAUCGAUGACCAUGAGCGCGGCUACGGCACCGUGCUCUACAAUCCAGCUGUAAGGGUUCAACCAGGAGUUGGCCCUGGUCCACUUUCCAAUGGUGGCGCUGCUGGCGCACCUGCUGGGCGCUCGUACAACCGCACUGGUCACGGCGCCGAUUUCAGCGACGCACCACCUACGUACUCGCGACGAUCUGGCUCCGAUGCCGCUACCCGCCCCCCGCCUCCAACGCACACCGAAGAUGGAGAGGAGAUGCAGACGCAGAACAUCAGCAUCCCCUCAGACAUGGUUGGUUGCAUCAUUGGCCGUGGUGGUAGCAAGAUCAGCGAGAUCCGCAAGACGUCCGGCGCCCGCAUUUCGAUUGCCAAGGCUCCCCAUGACGAUACUGGCGAGCGCAUGUUCACCAUCACUGGUAGUGCCAGUGCCAAUGAGAAGGCGCUAUACCUCUUGUACGAGAACCUCGAGGCCGAGAAGAUGCGCCGCAGCCAGGCACAGGAAUAG